CUUACAUCAACAGAUGAUCUUGUGCCUGGCGUAGCUGUGUGACAGGGCAGAAAAGAGCCCUUCAGUCUCCGACAAGCUGUGAUGGCAUAUGACAGUUCACAGAAACCAAUGUGGAUUCACAAAGACAUCUGAAACACGGAGCCCCUGGAAAAUAGCUGCCAGGGAUGUUACCAAGAUGGCCGCUGAGUGAACCGACUUGCCUUAAAGGAGAGGGACUGCAGUGUCUUGUGUGAAAAAAUAAAAGCCCAUCUGACCACUUCCACACAGAUGACCAGUGAUGGCCAUUGCAUCAGACUCAACAGAUGAUUCAGUGGAUGAAAUUGUGUCUAAACACAUUUUCAACCCUGUGGAGAGGAUCACACUAUCUAUCUUCCUGGUGGCCAUCAUUAUAAUGACUGCACUUGGAAAUUUGCUUGUGAUGGUGGCACUUUGUAAAGACAGACAGCUAAGGAAGAAGAAAACCAACUUCUUCAUUGUAUCACUGGCAUUUGCCGACCUUCUAGUUGCACUUGUUGUGAUGCCUCUGGCAGCCAUAGAGUUGACCACAGGUCAGUGGAGUUAUGGAGACACAUUCUGCUUGGUCCGCACCUCACUGGAUGUUCUACUAACCACUGCAUCUAUCCUGCACUUGUGCUGCAUUGCACUCGAUAGGUACUAUGCAAUCUGCUGCCAGCCUCUGGUCUACAGUAACAAGAUGACUCCUGUGAGAGUGUCACUGAUGUUGAUUGGAUGCUGGGUCAUCCCCUUUUUCAUCUCGUUCCUGCCCAUCAUGCAAAGCUGGAAUACGUUUGGAAUUGAGAAAAUUGUCGAACACAGAAAAUUCAACAUUUCUCAUAAUACAACUUCUUGCGUGUUCAUGGUGAACCAACCCUACGCCCUGGUCUGUUCGGCUGUGGCCUUCUAUGUGCCUUUGGUGCUGAUGGUUCUUGCCUAUCAGCGAAUCUACAUCACCGCUAUGGGCCAUGCUCGACGAAUCGGCAUGCUACAUCGGGCAGGUUCGGCCCCCGCGACUUACCCUAACCAAGAUCAACACGGCUCCAGUCGUAUAAAGAACGAAACCAAGGCGGCCAAGAAACUGGCUGUCAUCAUGGGCUGCUUCUGUCUGUGCUGGGCGCCCUUCUUUAUCACCAACGUGGUGGACCCCUUCAUCCAUUACACCGUGCCCACGCAGAUGUGGACAGCUUGGCUCUGGUUGGGCUAUAUCAACUCGGGAUUAAACCCAUUCCUCUAUGCUUUUUUGAACCGGGCUUUUCAGAGAGCUUUCCUCAUGAUUCUGUGCUGUGGGGAUGAGCGCUAUGCCCGGCAGGGAGGCUUUAGUCCGAGCAGACCGUUCUCAGAGUCUGUCAACGGGACCUCCAUUUCUCUCAGAUCGUCAUUUCUACCAAACCGAAGGUACAGUGACAAUUCCAACCGAAUCCUGUCAAGUGAGCUGGAGUCGCAGGAGUCUGUUGUUGCCUAAUAGCCUCAGACUUCACAUGCCUACAGAUGCCAUUUGAUGAUUAUACAUCCAUCAGCCCACAUAGGAAAUAUUUCGAACCAGAGAUUCUCGAUUCAUUCUAAUUUCCUUUUUCAUGGGUGUUCACUUUCAAUGAUACAUAACAGGGUUAUGAUUGACUAUAUCCAGUAGGCCUGUUUCACAGAACUUCUUUUAAAAUGAAUUUGGCAUGCAGGCAUUUUACAGAACUGCUUAAAUCAGUGUAAAAAAAUAUAUGUCCAGGAAUGUUUCAAGGAGCUGGGGAAAGUUUGAGAAAGCACACACACACACAAAAAUGAAGACAAAAACUGCACUUUAAAGAGAAAUGUCUCUUGAUCAGAUUGAAAAUUUUUCAAGUGGUUCUCAUCUUUCAAGUUCAGAGGAACAUGUCUACUUUAGCAGUAAAGUAUGACAAACAAUGACAAAUUCAGUACAUACUCCUCAGCAGGUGGGUGAAAGCGCCCCAUCAUUUAGGCAUGGGAUUAUUCUUGCAUCCUGCAAACCAUUUCCUUAAAUGCAGAUUUUCUGACUAAUGAGAAAAUAGAUACUCCAUCUUUAAUCAUUAAUGCAUUUAUGUUUUACAUGCAGUUUUUGCAAUGCACUUCUGUGAAAAGUAGUGAUUUGUCACUGUGUGACAUUUUUUACUUUUAUUGUAUCACUGUGUAAUCUGACUGAAUUUAUUGUACAGUGUAUCUGGAAGAUCUAAUAUCUGUUGUUUCGAAAAAACAAAAACAAACACAUUCUUACUCGGCAUUGCAUCUGUUCAGCACUUAAAUAACAUUUUUGUCUUAUCCAUUACAUAAAAGCCUGUGUUUGAUGGAUAUGCCAUUGUUCUUUUCAUUGUGCUCCUUCCAGCUCGAUGGAGGUUCCUAAGAGACAGCUAAAUGGUGAACCAUUUUAAUUGUAUAAUUCUUCAUAUGGCAUUGAAAGCAUUAGCAUGAUCAGCCCAUUUCACCAUUUUGCUCAAAUGAGCCAAUUACAUGUCUAGACAUUGAACACCACUCAAAUAUUUAAACUUUAGCAUCAAAGAUCUGUUUAAUUUGCAAAACAAAAAAGAUAUGGGUUUAUUCUGAUUGAAUUAAACAGCAGACAUCCAAUCACCAGGCCACAGAUGUUUUGCUCUUUUCCAGCUUCACUUAAACUUGAUGUGGUAAUAGAGAUAAUCUGAAAAAAAAUAACAGUAAGCUCUCUGAAGUGCAAUUGCUUUGGCAUCCACUCCACAUAUCCAUAUAUCACUACAAACAACUUAAGCCUUUACGUCUAGGUAUUCAGGAGAAUUCAGGGUGAAGAAAUGUAUAAAGUGUGCAGACUAAAAAAAGAAAGAUUUUAAUAUUUAAUUAGAAAUGUAUAAAGAAGCAUUUUAUUUUUUGAGGGGAAAAAAAAAGUGCUGUAUGUACAAAGAAAUGCAAAGGACUGACCCUAUUAUGAGUUAAUAUAUACAUAUUCUGACUAGAUAAGUAAGCAUAAAAGAAGUUGGAUAAAAGAGCAAGGGGCAAGAUAAAAAAAAAAGUAUUUAAAACAAGUCUUUGAAAAAAGUCACUACACUCGUCAAAUCUAGAUAAGAAAAACACCUGAGAAUAACAGAGAAUGUGCUGUACAGUCUUAAUACAAACAUGACCAUUU